CAACAAGUUUAGAGGGUGAGAGAGACGAGCUCGCGACCACAACGCUCAACAUCAAAGCGCCGCGAUGAUUCGACCGGACCGCGGAGCCGCCGCGUGACGAUACCGAUACCGGAGGACAACCGGCCGAUGGUUCGCACGAGCCGCUCCAGCGCUCUGUCGGCGUGUCGUCUGCAGCCCAUCAUGCCGAUGGACAUGGCUCUGCCUCUGUGCCUGCCCACCGAGGAGUUCGUCUACAGGACGCGUCCUCAAACAUUCAAACCUGCUCUGAGCUCCUGCCUGAGGUUCCCGCCGCCCUGCGUGGACCAGACGCCGCCCGCCGACGGGCCGCCCCCCAGGAGAGACUCCGGGAAAGCCAAGAAGCAGGUGACGUUCGCCGACCACCGCGGCCUGUCUCUGACCAAAGUCAAGGUCUUCUCGCAGUUCAGCGACCCCAUCGACGUCCCCGUCAACAUCCAGGUCACGCUCAGCUCGGCGCCGUCUCUGCCGGCCGAGGAGGACAAGCUGGUGCUGGACUUCACGCAGCCGUCCUCGGACUACCUGCACUUCCGCCAGAGCCUGGAGACGAACCUGGUGUGUCUGGAGCACUGCAUGCUGAAGGAGAAGGCGUUGGCGGGAACCGUCAAGGUCAAAAACGUGUCCUUCGAGAAGUCGGUGAAGCUGCGGGUGACGUUCGACAGCUGGAGGAGCCACUCGGACGUGGACUGCGAGUACGUGAAGAACACGUACCCCAGCUCGUACAGCGACACCUUCUCCUUCACCGUGCCUCUGCCCGAGCAGCUACCGCCGCACGAACGCGUCGAGUUCGCCGUCUGUUACGAGGUGGACGGGCGCGAGCACUGGGACAGCAACCAGGGGAGCAACUACCGCAUCGUGUGGUCGUCCACGAGGAGGAGCCAGCAGGACGCCUGCAGACGCCACACGGACUCCUUCGACUUCGGGAUUCAUUUCGACCGCUACGGCAGCCCCACCUGCUCGCACGGGAUCUUCCCAGACUGGCCGAGCUACGCGGGGUACGAGAACAGCGGCCCGUACUACUAAACAGGAAGCGCGCGGCGUUCAGUGACGUCGCACGCCUGCUGACUCGACGACUUUUAGAAAAGUCUGCUGCUAUGAGUGAAAACGUGGAUGAACGUGAACGAUUUCUGAGCGUCAGUGAUUUUAUCUUCGUGUCCGAGGUUACAGCUGCACGUUUCCGCCGCUGAAGCUGCUGCAGCCAAUUUAACGAGUGCUGCGUCCAGACGUCUGUCAGGAGCUAUUUCGACCUUUGAAACCAGAGAAAAUGAGUUUGAUUUCUUUCCCAAAACAAAGAUGUCUCACAAACUGCACGAAAGGGUGACAAAAAAUGACCUAAAGACUAGUUUUGAAAAAAAGGGGAAAUAAAAAAUUU